AUGAAAUUCAUGCAAAGAGCUGCUGCGUCGGCGUCUUCUGCAGCAUCUCCCGACUCGGCGGGUCCUUCCAAGAAGCGAAAGCACCAACACUCGCCGGCGCAAGGUCGAUUCGACGCCCAAAUCGACCAGGCCUUGAUCCAAGCGGCACUCGACGACCAGGAGGCCACUCGUCAAGCGGCCCUCGAGAAACACGCGGCUGCCGACACACACUGGACUCUGGACAACACAUGGGACAAGGCGGCGACUGCGGAUGCGACGAGCACACCGUUGAAUGUUGUUUAUGUUGGCUACGGCGACAUCGACUCCGAUAACGAGUCGGGUGCCAAGGAGGACGCGCCUGCAAGAGGCCGCACCUCGACAAAAGUCGAAAAAAAGCCAGCCAGCAAGGCACGUCUUGACGACGAGCACGCUGCCCCGCGAAUGAGCCUUGGGCUAACCGUGCUGCAGCACCGUGGAAAGAAACGCGAGUCGCCCGAUGACAAGUCGGGCUCCCAUUCAUCCGACGAAAGCAACGAAGCCUCCCGCAAGCGAAAGCAUAGGGACGUUAGCAGUGAUGUCGAUUCGCCUCUAUCGCAGGAUCGAUCGCGUUCAAAGUCACGAACAAGGCAGAACCAGGAAGGCGCCAAGGCCAAGGAAUUCCGCGACAAGCGGAAGAAGAAGGAAGUCCGUCUGGACCAGAUUACCUCGAUCUCCUCGGGAGGCGGAGGAGGCUCGCCCAGCGGCGGCAGAGGGCUCACGUGCUAUGCUUGCCAACAAACCGGCCACAAGUCAUCAGACUGUCCCAAACGAAGCAAGGGGAGCUCCAGGCGCAAGUCAUGA